UCUCUAAGGCCACAGUCUAGUCCCUACUACUCCCUAGUAAUGAACCAAGCCAAUAUAAAGUUCAACUCUCCCUACCCUUCUUGGUUUCUGUCCCAAACCAUAAAGGCAAAACUCCCCAACACCAAGUUGGUCUGAGAUAUUGUUGAUCGUCUGGUAACCAUGAAUUCUUAACAGAAAGCCAGUGCAGUUUCCAUAUUUCACUCUACUGCAAGAAAAUAACCACCAGCUGGGUCAGCUGGAAAAGUAGAAGCCACUACUUUUGUGGACUUUGAAAAGUUGAUGACCUUAUUCUGAAUUGUGUAAGAUCAAUCUGAAGUUAUUUGUUUGGAAAUGGCUAAUGGCUGUCAAACACAUGAGGGGGUGCCAGAGAACCUUAGGAAACAGCUUGCUGUUGCUGUAAGGAGUAUCCAGUGGAGCUAUGCAAUUUUCUGGUCACUGUCCACCUCACAACAAGGGGUACUGAAUUGGGGUGAUGGGUACUAUAAUGGAGAUAUCAAGACUAUGAAGACAGUCCAAACCACGGAACUUAAGGCUGAUAAAAUAGGCUUACAGAGGAGUGAGCAAUUGAGAGAACUUUACCUGUCUCUCUUAGAAGAUGAAACCGACCAACAACAACAAGCCAAGAGGCCUUCUGCAGCAUUGUCACCAGAGGAUCUCACUGAUGCAGAGUGGUAUUACUUGGUUUGCAUGUCCUUUGUAUUCAAUCCAGGCCAAGGUUUGCCUGGAAGAGCAUUAGCAAGUGGUCAAACCAUCUGGUUAUCCAAUGCUCAAUAUGCUGAUAGUAAAAUAUUCUCUCGAUCUUUGCUAGCUAAGAGUGCAUCUAUUCAGACUGUAAUGUGUUUUCCCUAUCUGGGGGGUGUGAUUGAGCUAGGUGUGACUGAACUGGUCUCAGAGGACCCUAGUCUCCUUCAACACAUCAAAACCUCCUUAUUAGAAUUGUCAAAGCCUGUAUGUUCUGAUAAAUCUUCUUCGGCUCCUCACAAAGGAGAUGACGAUAGAGAUCCAAUGUGUGCCAAGGUAAACCAUGAGAUAGUGGAUACUUUGGGCUUGGAGAAUCUAUAUUCCCCCUCAGAAGAAAUCAAGUUUGAUCAGGAAGGAAUCAACGAAUUAGGAGGAAAUAUCCGUGAAGAAAUCAACAUGGAUUCUCCUGAUGAAUGUUCCAAUGGUUGCGAGCACAAUUACUGGACAGAAGACUCCUUCAUGCUUGAAGGCAUGAAUGGUGGGGCUUCUCAAGUUCAGAGCUGGCAUUUAAUGGAUGAUGACUUCAGCAAUGGUGUUCAAGAUUCCAUGCAUUCCAGUGACUGUAUCUCUGAAGCUUUUGUGAAUCAAGAAAAGGCCAUUUCUACUCCCAAGCAAGAAAAUGUAAACCACAGUCAUUUGCAAGAACUUCAAAACUCCAAUCACACAAAACUAAGUUCCUUGGAUCUUGGAGCAGAUGAUGUUUUGCACUACAAAAGAAUUAUUUCUGCUAUUCUAGGAAGUUCGGCUCAGUUGAUUGAAAACCGAUGUUUUCACUAUGGUGAUUGCAAAUCCAGUUUUCUGAGUUGGAAGAGAGAAUCAAUUGAUGAUGCUCAUAGGCCACAGGUACAUCAGAGAAUGCUUAAGAAGGUUUUAUUUACAGUCCCUUUGAUGUAUGGUGGUGACUUGAUUAGGUCCCAGAAAGAAAAUGGUGGAAAAGAUUGGCUUUGUAAACUGGAAAGUGAUGAUAUUUGCAUAGGAAAUGUUCUGUCAGAUAAUAGAAGAGAGAAUGAAAAGUUUCUGGUUCUCAGAUCAAUGGUUCCUUCUAUCAGUGAGAUUGACAAAGCAUCAAUUCUCACUGACACAAUUAAAUACUUGAAAGAGCUAGAGGCAAGGGUAGAAGAGUUGGAAUCCUGCAUGGAUUCAGUAGAUUUUGAAGGAAGAGCCCGAAGGAACCAGGAUAUUAUAGAGCAUACAUCAGAUAAUUAUGAUAUCAAAAAGAUUGAUAAUGGCAAGAAGCAUUGGAUUAACAAGAGGAAGGCUUGUGACAUUGAUGAGACUGACCCAGAGCUCAAUAGAGUUGUUCCUGACGAUGGCUUGCCAUUAGAUGUGAAAGUAAGUAUAAAAGAACAGGAGGUUCUGAUUGAGAUGAGAUGUCCUUAUAGGGAGUAUAUUUUGCUCGACGUCAUGGAUGUGAUAAAUAAUCUGCACUUGGAUGCGCAUUCAGUACAAUCAUCUGCUCUUGAUGGCAUUCUGGCAUUGACCUUAAAAUCAAAGUUUCGAGGUGCAGCAAUUGCAUCGGUGGGAAUGAUCAAACAAGCACUCUGGAAAAUUGCCUUCAAGUGUUGAGAAGAAAUGUUGAAGCUGGCUAUUAUCACCUUGUAUUGUAGAAUUUCUCAUAUCAGUAGUAUUAGUUUCUUGAUUUGUUGUGUAAGGUGUAGUUUUAUGCAUAGUUGUAAUUGGAGAAAUUUAAUCUACUUCCUAACAUGCAUUCCGGAGCAACUUCUCAACCUUAAGAGUAGCCAAUAAGCUUGACCAAUGGCUUGUCUAAAUGAUGGAGAACCAAAAACCUGGAUGUACUUUAUGUACCACAAGCUAAUGUAUGGACCUCUCUAUAAAGGGCUCUCAUUUGUAUGAUGUAGUUUGUUUGCUUUUAUUAUGGCAUACAACUGAUAGUUUCCAGUUACAACUCACAACUGCUAAUAAAGUUGAAGUCCCUUUGUUCUUAA